CGGGGGUGGGGUUACGUGUGGGUGACGUGGCGGCUUCUAGUCUUUGGUCGGGUUUCGGCGGCUUCGGUUCCCGGGGAGAAGGCGGUGACGACCCGGAGAUUGUGGCAGUGGCGGUGGCGGCGGCGGCGCCAGGCGGCAGAGAGGAGUCCAAGGUUAUGCGUCUCAAUGAUCCCGCGGAAACGCUACGGGUCUAAGAACACGGAUCAGGGUGUCUACCUGGGUCUCUCAAAGACACAGGUCCUGUCCCCUGCAACUGCUGGCAGUAGCAGCAGCGACAUCGCCCCUCUGCCCCCCCCAGUGGCCCUGGUCCCUCCCCUUCCCGACACCAUGUCCUGCCGGGAUCGGACCCAGGAGUUCCUGUCUGCCUGCAAGUCCCUGCAGAGCCGUCAGAAUGGAAUCCAGACAAACAAGCCAACUCUGCGUGCUGUCCGGCAGCGCAGUGAAUUCACCCUCAUGGCCAAGCGCAUUGGGAAAGACCUCAGCAACACAUUUGCCAAGCUGGAGAAGCUGACAAUCUUGGCAAAGCGCAAGUCCCUCUUUGAUGAUAAAGCAGUGGAAAUUGAGGAGCUAACUUAUAUUAUCAAACAGGACAUCAAUAGCCUUAACAAACAAAUCGCCCAGCUUCAAGAUUUCGUGAGAGCCAAGGGCAGCCAGAGCGGCCGGCACCUGCAAACCCAUUCCAACACCAUCGUGGUCUCCCUGCAGUCAAAACUGGCCUCCAUGUCCAAUGACUUCAAAUCAGUUUUAGAAGUGAGGACAGAGAACCUGAAGCAGCAGAGGAGCCGGCGGGAGCAGUUCUCCCGGGCACCCGUGUCAGCCCUGCCCCUUGCCCCCAACCACCUAGGGGGCGGUGCUGUGGUUUUGGGGGCGGAGUCUCGAGCCUCUGGGGACGUGGCCAUUGACAUGAUGGACUCUAGGACCAGCCAGCAGCUGCAGCUCAUUGAUGAGCAGGAUUCCUACAUCCAGAGCCGGGCAGACACCAUGCAGAAUAUUGAGUCCACAAUUGUUGAGCUGGGCUCCAUCUUCCAGCAGUUGGCACACAUGGUUAAGGAACAGGAAGAAACCAUUCAGAGGAUCGACGAGAACGUGCUGGGAGCCCAGCUGGAUGUUGAGGCCGCCCACUCAGAGAUCCUCAAGUACUUCCAGUCGGUCACCUCCAACCGGUGGCUUAUGGUCAAAAUCUUCCUCAUCCUCAUUGUCUUCUUCAUCAUCUUUGUGGUCUUCCUGGCCUGAACCCUCUCCACCCUGAGGCACUCCAUGGGGGUUUGGAACCCUCCUGGGAGGGCAGGUGGCCAGAGCUGCCACUGAGCCUGUGCAGGGUGCUUGGGAGAAAGGCCCUGUUUCCUUCGAACUGCUAAGAAUGGCCAUGGCCCCCAAUCCCCCACUCCUUUCCUCUGGCCACCCUUUCCUCCCCUCACCACCCUCCAGCCCAUGAGACACACACGGUUCUGGAUUUGGACUCUGCUGUGAAGUGGCUGGAAGGGAGCAGAGGCCAACUGGGGGGCUCAUCGCGCAGGUUGUCUCCACUAGGAGAUUUUUAUAAACCCUCCCCAGCCUGUCGCAAAAGAAACUUUGGCAGCAAGGGGAGGUGAUGUCCUUCCCCACCUUCCUGAGAGUGAGGAAAGGAAGUGAAACUGGCCCAGGGACCAACUUUCCCAUCUGGGUUAGAAUUUGACCUCUUCUUCCUCUCUUCACCAUGUGAGGCAGGGGGCCCUGAGCCCCUCGGCUGCCUGCAUAACCCCAACUUCGGCUGCAGGUGACUCUCAAUCUGCCAAAUGUGCUGCAGCCUGUUUUCUCCCAAUUACAACAAGACUGUCAGCCUCA